UAUUAAUAAAAUAUCAAUUUGUAAAUAUUGCAAAUUGAGGAAAACAAAACAGAAAUGUCUGACUCGUAUUCAUUUGUGAAAGGAGGAAAACUGAAACUCAAAGGAAGCAAACACAAAAAAAAGAAGAGUAAGAAAAGAAAGCAUGAAGAUGAUGAAGAAACUCCAGGUUCCAGUGGAGUUGAUAAAACCGAUGUCACCCUGCAUGAUGGAUGGUGGACAGUGUCUAAGUUUGGCCAGGUGACAGGCAAUGUGUGUUUAGAGUUGGCUGAGCGACGCUACAUGUUUGCUAAAGAUAAUGGCAGAUUGGUGCUUGGACCACAAAGAGAAGGAGGACCAGAGCCAGAGGAAAUAUUAACAGCGGUCAAAGUAGAUGACACAAAGGUUGCGUUUAAGUCAGGUUAUGAUCAAUACAUCAGUGUUGACUCAGGCAAUAUGGUGGUUGGUCGCUCCAUGGCUAUCGGCACCAAGGAGCAGUGGGAACCGGUUUUCCAAGAGGGAAAGAUGGCUCUGAGUGGAUCUAAUGGAUGUUUUCUUUCUGCAGACGAGGAUGACGAUGUUGUUUGUUUGAGCAAAGUUGCAGGAGAUAGUGAAAUGAUUAAUAUCCGAUGCAAUCUAUCCCUGGAAGUUGAUCCCAAAGCAGGUGUUCCUACAGAGGAAAGAGGAUCAUUGAAAGAUGCAGAAAUCAACUAUGUGAAGAAGUUUCAGAGCUUCCAGGACCGGCAUCUUAAGAUCUCAUCAGAGGACAAGACAAUGUUGAAGAAGGCCCGGGUACAGGGGACUCUCCAUGAAACCAUGCUAGACAGACGAGAAAAGAUGAAAGCAGACAGAUACUGUAAAUAGCAAAGGCUUGGUGUUUUGUUGUAAUGGAAUAUCAGGAUAAGAGCUAGAAACAUGAUCCUGCUUGUGGGAUUGGCAACAGACAAGACCAAGCACCAUUUAUAAACUGACCAUCACAAGAUGGUACAUGCUUGCUGGUCCAGGACACCUUCAAUUUUCACAUGCUCGAAAAAACAAAACAGAAUUGCAGUUGAGUCAUCAACAUUGAUUCAACAGAGAAUUGGAAAAGACUUAUCACAUUUAUGUGACAUAUUGCUAAUUAAAAAUGUUGGGAUGCUUUGUUUUAUUGAAAGCAAGCCUUUGUUAGCGACUGAAAUAUUUUUUCAGAUUUCUGUUGAAUCAGUUAUCAUUUGUAAGGAAGUUUGGCUUAUUCUAAGAAGUGCCUUUUACAACGAUGUUAGAAAAACAACAACUGCAAUCAACAACUGCAAUCAUUAUAUUCUCUACUUUGAUUUUAAGGUUCUAAUACAAAUUCAGUCUAUUUUACAAAACACUGUUCGAAUCUUAACUACACAUAUUUAUUAUAAUUCAUACAAAUUAUUGUACUGUACACAUAUUUGUUUCCAUUCCCUGGAAACGUGUUUGGAAUAUUGACAUGAUGCAGGAUUUAUACAUUGUGAUGCCUUCUAAUCAAUGCAUGGACAACAAAAUAUAGUAAGGUCACACAUUUCGUUUUUACAAUACGUUGUUAUCACUAAAGUAGUUAAAACUUUUUCUUGCAAAUUCCAAUAAUCAAUGGGCUGAUUGUUCAGAACUUGAUUAAAGUUAACAAAAGAUUAACAACAUGGUUGUUAACUUUUAGAGGUGACAUAUUCUAUGAAGUGCUCUUAUAAUUAAGUACAACGAAAAAAGUUGUCUCAAAUCAGGAAAGGAACACUGCAGAGCAUAAGUGUAACCAUGAUACUUCAUGAGCAAUACAGAUUUGAAAGUUAACAACAUUUACAACAUUUUUUACUUUAGCCAAAUUCUGAAUGAUUUGCCAUUGACUUUUUAACUCUGUUAUCUUCAUUUUAAGAAUUUGUUGAGAAAUAUAUAUCAGUACAACUCAGGGAUAAUAAAAAAAUAAAUGGUGGAAAGAUUUGAUCUUUUAUGAGAGGCAUCCAUGUUUGAGGUAGACUGGUACGUGGGCUGUCCAAAAAGUAAUAAGCACACAAGUUGUAUUUGUUUCUUCUAGUUGACUUGUCUGGCAAUCGGCUGAAUGUUCAGAAAUCUGUUAAAGUUAACAACGGUGCUAAUGGCAAAGUUGUUAACUUCUAAAGCUGAACUAUUUGAUCAUGUGCUCUUAUUUUUGAAUAAACCAAGCACAGUUGAAGCAGUUAUUUCAAAUCUUGUAAGAUAUACUGCACAUAUCGCAUGUGUGUCUAUGAAACUUCAAGAGCAGUAAAGCUUUAAAAGUUAACAACUAUGUGGUUAACAACGUUGUUAACUUUAGCGAAGUUCUGACUAAUUGGCACAUUGUUUAUCUGUAAUGUAUAGACAGCUAGCUACAUGUAUGUAAAAUUGUAGAAAGAUUGGAACUACUAGGUUUCAGACCAAUGAUUUCAAUGAUAAUUAUAAAACUUUUGAUGUACAUGUAGAAACUUAGCAUAUUUAUGCAUCCUGCAAUAUUUAGUUGGAAAUGGGAUCUUUUCAAAGAAAUGUCCAUUGUUGAUCAAUAGAAAUUGGUUCUCUUCGCUGUAUGUGGCAUAAUGUAUUAGGAAAAAAUAGCAAUAGGACACAACUUGUAAAAUAGAUUUCAAAAGCGCAUGAUGGUUUUACUGUAAACGCAUACUUGUAUGUCAAUAAAUAUUUUUUAAACUU